CUCCCUAUCUAUUUACUCUCUAUCUUAUCAGAUAUCUUCGGAACCGCCCGAUUGCCUGUCUGACUAAUCAUAUCCAUCUUGAAUUCUUCUUUCCCCAACUUCUCCUCAUGUCUCUACAGGCCUACAGGACACACGUCCACCGGCAACAUGCCACACCACGAUUAUGACCAUAACCAUAAAGAACAAGAAGAAUCCGACAUCCCCCUCUCCGAAUCCACCGCACCCCCUCCAAUCGAACCCGAACCUCACCAACGCACCCCCCAACCCCCGGAGCCCGAACUCGAACUCCAACCCAAGACCAAAGAGACCAUCAAACCCCUCUCCCAACACCCCUCCACCCACCUCUACACCCUCUCCUACCUAAUCUUCUUCGCCAUCUUCGGCACCCUCGCCCGCCUCGGCCUCCAAUCGCUCACCUUCUACACGGGCGCGCCAAUCGUCACGGGUGUACUAUGGGCGAACGCAAGCGGCUCGCUACUCAUGGGCUUCUUCCUAGAAGACAAGAAUCUCUUCCGCGAAGAGUGGGGCAACGACCCAACAUGUCAGCGAACACACGACGGAAACGUAAUUGAAGAACACAAAGCGCACAAAGCAACCAAGAAAACAAUCCCGCUAUACAUCGGCCUGACAACCGGUUUCUGUGGCUGCUUUACUUCUUUCUCCUCGUUUAUCAGGGAUGUUUUUCUCGCGCUUGCGAAUGAUCUACCUGAUCCAUCGCGUGAUCCUUUCUCGAGCCCUGUUUCGAGAAACGGGGGGUAUAGUUUCAUGGCGCUCAUUGCGAUUCUCCUCAUCACCGUUUCCUUAUCCCUCGCUGCGCUGGUCGCGGGUGCGCAUCUAGCGCUUGCAUGUGACCGGUUCACGCCCAUCCUUCCAUUCCGGUUUACGCGACGCAUCCUCGACCCCGUUAUCGUGGUCCUUGGCUGGGGAUGCUGGCUCGGCGCAGUCUUCAUGGCUAUCUGGCCACCAGACCGGCACACCUCUGGGACCGAAACCUGGCGCGGAGCCGCGAUCUUCGCGAUCGUUUUCGCGCCGCUAGGAUGUCUUCUCCGAUUCUAUCUCUCGCUAUUCCUAAACGCCAAACUCCCCAGUUUCCCGCUGGGCACGUUUGCGGCGAAUAUCCUGGGGACUGGCAUCCUGGGCAUGUGUUAUGAUCUGCAGCAUGUUAGUGGUAUUGGUGCGUCGGUUGUUGUUAGUUGUCAGAUGUUGCAGGGGGUUAUGGAUGGGUUUUGCGGGUCGUUGACGACGAUUAGUACGUGGGUUGCUGAAUUGAAUGGGUUGGGGAAGCGGAGGUAUGCGUAUUUGUAUGGGACGGUUAGUGUGGGUGUUGGGUUGGGGUUGUUGGUUGUUAUUAUGGGGAGUUUGCUUUGGACGAGGGGGUUUGAUACUCCUGUUUGUUAGUUUUGUAUAGUCUCAGUAUCUGUAUACCUGUAAAGUAGUUCUACGUAGUGUCUAAUACUCACUCUGCUCUGUACUUAAGAGUGCUUAAUAUAAUUGAACCUGAGUAUCCCCGCG